AUGAUCAACUGCAAGUCCGCCUCCACGCCGAUCGACACUCAUUUGAAAGUGUCUGCCCACGCCGGCGAGGCGCUGUCCGCAGCAGCCGCCAGCACCUACCGCAGCAUUGUGGGUGCACUCCAAUACCUGACCCUAACCAGGUCGGACAUUGCGUAUGCCGUGCAACAGGUGUGCCUGCACAUGCACUCGCCGCAUGAUGUUCACUGGGCGCUCGUCAAACGGAUCCUUCGGUAUGUCCAUGGCACUCUGGCCAAGGGCUUGCAGCUUCGCCGAUCCAGCUCACACGAGCUCUUCGCGUACUUGGAUGCGGACUGGGCCGGAUGCCUAGACACGCGCCGAUCCACCUCGGGGUUUUGCGUCUUCCUCGGCGCCUCCCUCAUCUCCUGGUCAUCGAAGCGGCAGCCGAUUGUGUCACGCUCCAGCGCGGAAGCGGAGUAUCGCGGCGUGGCCAAUGUGGCUGCUGAAUGCUGUUGGCUUCGACAGCUACUCGCUGAACUGCAGGUGCCCGUGACCAAGGCGAUGUUCAUCUACUGCGACAACGUGUCCGCCAUCUACCUCACCAAGAAUACCGUUCACCAUGGGCGCACCAAGCAUGUGGAGCUCGAUGUCCACUUGUGCGCGAGAAGGUGGCACUUGGUGAUGUGCACGUUCUUCACGUUCCAACGCGACACCAACUGGCGGACAUCAUGA